AUGUGGACUGAUGGGCUUAAGUACUACGAUCUCGUUGAAGGGAAGGGUCCGGUUGCUGAAAAGGGGUCGACUGUGCAGGUGCAUUUUGACUGUUUGUAUCGCGGGAUUACAGCUGUGUCAAGCCGGGAAUCCAAACUCUUGGCCGGGAAUAGAAGCAUUGCUCAGCCUUACACAUUCCAAGUUGGAGCAGUGCCGGGAAAAGAGCGGAAGCGUGAGUUUGUAGACAAUCCCAAUGGUUUGUUCUCGGCACAGGCUGCACCAAAACCUCCAAAAGCUAUGUAUGUGGUUACUGAGGGUAUGAGAGUUGGAGGGAAGCGGACUGUGAUUGUGCCACCGGAGGCGGGCUAUGGGCCGAAGGGAAUGAAUGAAAUUCCGCCGGGAGCUGAAUUUGAGCUAAAUAUCGAGCUUCUGGAAGUACUACCGCCCGAAGACAAAUGACAAGACUCCGAUCAAAAGUUUCGUACAUGAGCAAUUUGAUUCGUUUGCAAAAGUUACAUGUAUAUUCUCAUGUAUCUGUACGAGUAAUUUGAUUCAUUUAAGAAAUAUGAUGAACAAGACAAGUCCAAAUAAAAAGUUAUAGAAGUCUAUGUAUUCUC